AUGAAUAAAAAUAAUAAUAGCUUCUUAACUCUCAGAAAAACUUAAUAAGUGCAAAAUCAAUUUAAAGAAAUAUCUUAUAAUAAUUUAUCUAAAAAAAUUUAGCCAAAGCAAAGAAAUAAAUAAAUAAAAAAAUUCUAAUAAGUAAAAAUGGGAUAAAAGAAAAGUGUUCCUCAACCUCCUCCCCCUCCACCUAAAACCGUCAAAGAAAUGGUCAAGGAAUUUACUCGUUCAAUCAAUAGACUUAGAAGAGAUUUCUCAAGAGAAAUUAUGAAGCUUGAAGCAAACCAAAGAAAAAUUAAGCAAGAUAUGGAAAAUUUAAUUAAAAAGAAAGAACCUAGAGCAACAGUUAGAAUCUUGGCUCAACAAUUAAUUAAAACACAAGGAAUGAUUACUAAAUAUAAGAGAUUAGAUGCUUAGUUAGGUGAUGUAUAAUUCCAAUUAAAUACUGCCGCUACUACUGAAACAUUAGUAUCAAUAAUGAAAGGUAUGGGAUAAGUAAUGAAAGCAGGUAACGAUGCUAUUGAUGUUAAGAAUGUUUAAAUGGCUAUCGAAACCUUCAAUUAGGAAUGCGAAAAAUAAAAUAUUAUGCAAGAAUAAAUUUAAGAUAUCAUGGCUCAAGAUGAAGAUGAUAUGGGAGAUGAAGCUUGCGAUUAACUUAUCGAUUAAAUGGAAAAGAAUGUCGGAGGCGGAAGCGGCGGAUAAAAAAAUAUUAUUCCAUAAUAAAAUCUAAAUAAUUAAGUUGAAGAUGACUUUGAAAAUAGAUUAAAUGCUCUUAAAUGA